UUGUUCAUCGGAGCUUUGCUUGCUGCAGUGGGCGAGUGGGGGGAGUCUGCCUGCCUGCCUCAAACGUAAACUGAGAGCAGCUUAUUUGAGAUUUAUUAGUUUUGUACUGCUUCGAUUCAGAGAGAAGUGCACACACCUGUUGUGGAUUUUGGUGCUGGAUUUUUUUUGUAAAGCAGGAUGUCAAUCGAUUGGGGUUACUCUCAAUACAAUGGGCCUGAAACGUGGGCCAAAUGCUAUCCGGAAGCAGCCGGCGAUCGACAAAGUCCGGUUGACAUUCAACAGGUUUGUAUCAAAAGCUUCAACACGAACCGGAAGCUCACCUGGAGGUAUGUUCCGGAAAAUACAGAAGAUGUCACUAAUACGGGAUAUUGCUGGAAGGUGCACGUCAAUGGGAAGGGCUCAGAAUUGUGUGGAGGUCCACUUGAAGGCAAAUACAUUUUGGAGCAGUUUCAUUGUCACUGGGGUGAAACUAAUGACCAGGGCUCCGAACACACAGUCAAUGGACAAAAAUUCGCGGGAGAGCUCCACCUCGUCCACUGGAACACCACCAAAUACCAUUCCUUCUGCGAAGCAGCCAAACACCCUGACGGUUUGUGCGUCAUCGGCGUUUUUCUUAAGGCCGGCAAACGCCACCCGGAAUUGGACAAAAUCACCGCACAAUUACCUCGGGUGGAAUACAAAGGGCAAAGGGCGAAAAUAGGAGUGCCUUUAAACCCAGGUUUGUUCAUUCCUGAAGAAAGUGGUUAUUACACUUAUCAAGGGUCGCUCACAACACCCCCGUGCUCAGAAUGCGUGAUUUGGAUCGUUUUCAAAGAACCGAUCGAAGUUUCCCAUGAACAGUUGAUGGCGUUCCGGAAUUUGAAAUGUUACUGUGAAGAGGAGAAAUGUCCCUGUGAUGAGUUUCAAGGCUUUGUGAAGAAUAAUUUCCGACCGACUUUGCCGUUGGGAAAACGAGAGAUUAGAGAAUGUCGACAAUAAUGAUAACGUUUCAGUAUUUUGCGAUUAGUUCCUUCCUGUGAUUGUAGGCUGGUGUGAUAUGGGUGCGAGAGCACUGGUGCCUUAAAUUGUUAUAUUUAUAUGAACUACGAAAGUAUUAUGUAGGGAAAUAUUUUUAGACCAGUCGUUGUAAAACACUGUUUAAUAAAACGUACCGCAAUUUUAA